AAAGAAAUUUUUAGUUUUGAAAUUUUAGAAAAUAAUGAGUCAGGAUUUUUAUCUACGUUAUUAUGUUGGACACAAGGGUAAGUUUGGUCACGAGUUCCUCGAGUUUGAAUUCCGUCCUGACGGCAAACUGAGGUACGCCAACAACUCAAACUACAAGAACGACACCAUGAUCAGGAAGGAAGCCUUCGUGCAGAGUAAGGUCAUCAACGAGCUCCGUCGUAUUGUAGAGGAUAGUGAGAUUAUGGCUGAAGAUGAUGCUCUGUGGCCUCAGCCUGACAGAGUCGGGAGGCAGGAGUUGGAGAUUGUUAUCGGUGAUGAGCAUAUCUCGUUCACAACCAGCAAGAUUGGUAGUUUGGUUGAUGUGAAUCAGAGCAGAGACCCAGAUGGUCUUAGAUGUUUCUACUACCUGGUCCAAGAUCUCAAGUGUAUCGUGUUCUCCCUCAUCGGUCUCCACUUCAAGAUCAAGCCCAUAUAGGUCAAGAACACGUUGAUCUUUGAUAAAGAUCUGGUUGAAUAAGAUCAACCCAGAUUUUCUCAGAAGAAGAUCAAGACAAUCAUCAAGAUCAUUGGAGCAUUUAGACGUUUGAAUUUUUUUGUGAACAAAUUAAUCAUAUUUUAUUAUGACACAUUUGUCUAGUUCGAAUAUGAUCUGUUUGUUAUGUUUGUGUUCGUAUGUUUGUAUGUGUGUUUGUUUACACUGAUCUUGACAUUUUUUCAGA